UCUUCUCCUUUUCUUUCCUUUUCCUUCCUCUCUCCUCUCUCUUCAAAUCUUCGAGAAGAGAGAAGAGAGAGAAGCAUCUAUAUAAUGUAACGAAAAGGCCCCAAUUCUUUAAUCUCGAAAAAAAAAAUCAUUUUUCUCCAAAAUCCACAAAUUUCUUGCGAACAUACGCCCAUAAAAGGUCUCCCCUUUCCCUUCGACUUCUCUACUCUUUCAACCGUAAUCCUCAGAUUUCCACCUUCAUAUUCCCAAAUUACCCCUCAUUCCAUUAUCAAGACUCGAGCUUUCAUUGGAGAAUUGAGCGAAGGCCAUGUCCCCAGACCCAAUUGAGCUUCCCUUGCCCGAGGAAUUGCCUCAGGAUUCGGGUGACUUGAGGUUUUCCAAUCUGAGGGGGGUUCGUUGGCGGAUUGACUUGAGGAUUCUUCCAUCUUCUCCUUCCUCUUCGAUCGAGGAGCUUCGUCGUGUUGCUGCUGAUUGCAGGAGGAGAUAUGCGAGACUGAGACGUCUUCUUCUCAUAGAUCCUCAUCUCCCUAAGGAUGGAAGCAGAUCGCCAGAUCUUACCAUGGACAACCCUUUAUCACAAAAUCCAGAUAGCACUUGGAGACGCUAUUUCAAAAAUGCCGAGUUAGAGAAGUUAGUUGACCAGGAUUUAUCGCGGUUGUACCCCGAACAUGAGGACUACUUUCAGACACCUGCAUGCCAGGCCAUGUUAAGAAGAAUAUUGUUGGUGUGGUGUCUUCGGCACCAAGAGUAUGGAUAUAGACAAGGAAUGCAUGAACUAUUGGCUCCUCUACUUUAUGUCCUCCAUGUUGAUCUCCAGUACCUCUCUCAAGUCCGAGCACUCUAUGAAGACUGCUUCAGUGAUGAAUUUGACGAGAUGGGUUUUCCCGAUGGCGACUUCACUUCCAACUACCGGUUCACAAAGUCUUCAAGCUGGGAUUCUAGAACUGAUGGUGAUUUUCAAGAAAAAAACAACCACAAAGUCACCACCCUUGAUGACCUUGAUCCUGAGACGAAGGAAUUGUUCUUGCUAAGUGAUGCCUAUGGAGCUGAAGGUGAGUUAGGUGUGAUCCUCUCUGAACGGUUCCUAGAGCAUGAUGCUUACUGUAUGUUUGAUGGUUUGAUGAGUGGGGCCCAUGGAGUUGUUGCAAUGGUCGACUUCUUCUCCCCAUCCUCAGCCAUUGGAUCCAGCAAUGCCUUACCUCCUGUAAUUGAAGCUUCUUCAUCUCUGUACCAUCUGCUCUCUGCAGUGGACUCUUCUCUUCAUGCCCAUCUUAUUGAGCUUGGUGUUGAGCCUCAGUAUUUUGCACUCAGAUGGCUUCGUGUUCUCUUUGGUCGGGAGUUCUCCCUUGAUGACCUUUUGCUGAUAUGGGAUGAACUUUUUUCUUCUUCUAAUACUUCUUCCCUAGUGGAUGAUCUAGAGUACAACUUCAAAAUCUUGUGCUCUCCUCGUGGAGCCUUGAUUGCAGCGAUGGCUGUAUCGAUGCUUCUUCAUUUAAGAUCUUCUUUGUUAGCCACAGAGAAUGCCACCUCUUGCCUCCAGAGACUUCUCAACUUUCCACAGAAUAUAGAUGUUAAGAAACUGAUAGGAAAGGCAAAGUCUUGGCAGGCACUUGCUCUUGAGACCAACAUCUUAUCUCUAUCACAUAAUAAUUUGAAGCCAGAAGUUGGUAGGGUCCGCAGCUUUCCAACCAAUGCAGGUUCAUCUAGAACUCGAAACAAAUCUGAUAGUUAUUGGGAAGAGAAGUGGAGAGUAAUGCAUAAAGAAAUAACAUCUCAGAAUAAUGGCGGUGAUCUGGUUUCACAUGGAAAGAUAAAGAAAUUGUUAGGCAAUGGGUUUGGUUUAGCAAGGACAAAGUCAGAUUCUUCAACAAGUAAAGAGGAUUCUCAAUCACCAACAGCUAAGUGUCGGGUUCUUGAUGGUUUAACUGACAUGAAUCAGAAGACGGAAUCUGAUGGAGCUCCGGAACUUGCUAACGGAAAUGAGUCUUCCUAUCUGGAGGUUGAUGGGGAGAAACUUUUAGCUGAGGAACCGAAUGAUCAAUUCGUUACAGGGAGGAUGUCCAACUCCACACUAGAGGAAACUUGCUUGAGUGAAGAGAACUCUUCUGUGUUCUCUACGGCUAAUAACCCUCAUAAUAUGGAAAAUGAUCAUGAUAAUGAUUCAGAAAAGAGUAGCAUUAGUUCAAAUUCUUCUGUUGCAGACAAUGAUGAAGAUCCUAGUCAUGUGGAAGAUAAUAGAGAUUUGGAAUCCAUCUGCUCUACUAAUACUACUGCUGCUGGCACACAUGAAGUUGCACCCAACAACAACCGGGAAAUGAAACAGAGAGUGGGGUUGAAGGAUUGGAAACAAUUAUCUGGUAAGUUCCCAUGGUUUUUAAAAUUCAGGAGAGGCUCUGGUGAAGUGAACUCGGAGAAAGAGGCAUUGAGUGUUGAAAGUGUUAGCGAAGGAGUUCCUGGCGAUUCAAAUUCAGACUGCAAGAGCUGUGGAGAUAGUGGGAGGAUGGGAGUUGGAGAUAAGAAAGUGAUAGGUACUUUGAAGAAUCUCAGGCAAUCCAUGCUUGAAAAUAUUCAGGUGAUUGAGUCAGUAUUCCAGCAAGAACGGACGCAGGCUGGUAACGUUCUUGGGGGCAAAGGGCAAGCCACGGCAAUGGCAGCCCUCAAGGAGCUCAGGAAAAUUAGCAACAUAUUAUCCGAGAUGUGAGGUUAGCUGUGUAGUUAAUUUUAGUACCCACAUUGUAAUCUA